GACGCAACCAAAGCGCUGAUUACCGCGGACGCAGCGUUUACGCGCAGCCGACGCAUAAAGUGGAUUUACUGAACACCUGCAUGGGGAAACUCUGAGGGCUUUAUUCAUUUUUUCUCUGUCGUCUGCCUCUUCUUGGAACUAACUGGCAACUGGAAUGGAACUGAAUCUGUCGAAGAAUGGGAUUUCUUGUGGAGACCCAGGUGGGAUGAAUUUGGACAGAAUCGCAGAGGCAGUGAGAGCACCGCCGCCCCGCGACGUGGCCCCCGCGUUUCAUUUACCGAGAACUUCAAACAGCAGUCGAGAAACUUUAGAGAACUCAAGCAGCGAGUCUUCAGACACAGAGUUGGCAGAAAAGGAGAGGAGCGCUGAGCACAGGAGCGAUGACGGGAAUGCGGACGAUCCCAAGAAGAAAAAGCAGCGGCGGCAGCGGACUCACUUCACCAGCCAGCAGCUGCAGGAGCUGGAAGCCACUUUCCAAAGGAACCGGUAUCCGGACAUGAGCACCAGGGAGGAAAUCGCCGUGUGGACCAACUUAACCGAGGCCAGAGUCAGGGUGUGGUUCAAAAACCGCCGGGCUAAGUGGAGGAAGCGGGAGCGGAACCAGCAGAUGGACCUGUGCAAGAACAGCUACCUGCCGCAGUUCAGCGGCCUCAUGCAGCCUUACGACGACAUGUACCCGGCUUACACCUACAACAACUGGACCAACAAAGGCCUCACCCCGGCGCCGCUGUCGACCAAGAACUUCACCUUCUUCAACUCCAUGAGCCCCCUCACCUCACAGUCCAUGUUCUCGGCGCCUAACUCCAUCUCCUCCAUGACCAUGGCGUCCGGGAUGGGCCACUCCGCCGUGCCGGGCAUGCCCACACCGGGCCUCAACAACAUCAGCAACCUGAACGGGAUCGGCACGUCAGGCAUCAACUCAGCCAUGUCGUCGUCUGCGUGUCCGUACGGGCCUCCGGGCUCUCCGUAUAGCGUUUACCGGGACACUUGCAACUCAAGCCUGGCCACCCUGAGACUCAAAUCCAAACAGCAUCCAACUUUUGGAUACAGCGGCCUGCAGAGCCCCGGCUCGAGUCUGAACGCGUGUCAAUACAACAGCUGACGGGCCAAAAAGAGGGGCAUGAAUAUCUGCAAAUAUAAAUAAAUAUAUAUGUGAUAAACGGACACGGUGUCAGAGCUUAUAGAGGCUACCUGCGGAUGGGGGAAAAAAAAAAAUCAAAGACAACUAAACUGGAUUAGUUGCAGUCAUUUUCAAAAUAAAAGAGAAAAAAAUGGAUUAUGCGGGUUAUGUGUGUUUACCAAUGAACUUGCACAGCAAAUGUCCAGGGUUUUUUUUCUUUUUGGAUUUUUUUUUUUUUAAAUGAUGAAGACGUGUUACAUUGCUGCAUUGUACAUACAUAAAUGUAAAUAUAUACAGGCUUAACAUAUAUAUAAAAACAACACACACACAAAAAAAAAAAAACACAGACGGUGGGAUUUUUUUUUUUUUUUUGUGCUUGCUUGCGUUUGAAGACUGACUGGGAUGGGAGGGGGGGAGGGGGGACAGGGGUCUCGACCAAAACCAGGAUUUGCAAGAAAAAAAAAAAAAAAGAGUGUCGAGUAGAUUCAUGAAUCCAGACUCAAUAAGAAAAAAAAAAGAAAUUUGCCUAUAUUGUACAUAUUUUAUACUGCUUCUGUGUGCUUUCUAUUUACCGUCUAUGCAGGAUACCACCGGCCCGUUUGACUCCACGACGCCUCCCGUUCAGUGACUUUUACUUUGAAAUGUUUGUUUGUUUUUUUUCCCAUUUUGUUUGAAAUAGAAAACCCCGCAUGUUUAACUUGAGUGCAACGUGUUUUGUACCAUAAUGUAAAACUUUGCAGAAGUAAGUUCAUUAGCCUAAACUGUAUACAAAAGGUGAUUCAAAAAAAAAAAAAAAAGUCACUUCAUGUGUUUAUGGUAACAUGUUUGUUUGAAUAAACUCCAGGAAAAGAGAGGUUUAUUUCAAGUAUGUUUUAGAGGAGUCUUUGUUUAACGAGACGAGCCCGCAGUGGUCCAACUUUCCCCCCCAAAGAGGAGCAAAAUAAAUAACUUGGCACUGUAUGGACAGCCUAUUGAUCCACUCAGUUUAAAAGGGAUUAUCUCAGGAAUAUGAAGAUCUGUGAGGAUUAAUGCGAAUCGCCGGUAGUUAUCUGAGCUUUGACCGUGAGAUUUUUAUUUUUCUUGUGUUAAUUUUGAAGCUUAUUCCAGUAUUAUUGCUUUUUUUUUUUUUUUGCUUUAUUGCACAUUAAAUUACACUUUCUUUGCGGAAGGAAAUAAAUCCGGAGUUUAUAUAGCUGCGCAUCUUGCAAACGUCCAGAUAAUAAUAUCUACAUUUCUAGGAAAUAAUAGGAUCAUUGUCUAAAGCCUUACUUAAUAGUGUUACUUGGUGAGUGAUAAUCGCCAUAUUUCACCGCACAGUGCAGAAAAUAGCCCCACAUGCGCCUCUGGUGUGUUUUAUCUUAUAAUAAGCGUGUCUAAAUAGAUUUCUAAUUAUAUUUAUUUUUGCUCUUAUUACACCAUAAUAACACACAUCAUUACAUUUGGAGUCAGUCAGACUGAGGUUUGGCACCCGCACCUUUCUAUGGACCCACCUGAGUAUUAUACUGUGGUGUGUCUCAUCUUUAGAUAAUUAUAUCCAAGCUGCAUUUUUUUUUUUUUACACUAAUCACAGGAUUUAAAAAGGAGCUUAUCUGCGAGCUGAAGUCAUGAAGUUUGAGCUGCAGAAAUGUGAAACUCUUUAAAAAAACACACACACA